CAUUGUUUGGUUUCUUACAUAUAGAUAACAAGAAACCUGCACCCACCAAAUGGAAUUUAGAAUUUUCAAUAGCAUGAGCUGUGUCCUUUCAUUUUCUUAUUUUCCAUUUUUGGUUGCAAGUGGCAGUUUCCUAUCUCUUUGACUCUCAUGAUUGAAAGCUGCAGCGGUUUCAUCUUUUCUGAGUUUUGUCGAAUCUGAUUCUUACUUGCUUUCAACGCCUUCUUAGUGUUUGUGAAAUUGUUCUGUAUCAUUAUAAUUGGUUAUAAGGUUCUGAUCUUGACUUGAGAAAAGCUCAGAGUACAAGUAUCAGAAUGGUUGUUGACAAUUGUAAAGAUGAAAUUGAGGAAUCUAAUGGAAGUAAUAAGGAAAUGGAGUUCGUUUCGAUAGAUUUUUCAACUUCAAGAAGAACGUUGCUGAGCAGCGAAAAUCCCCAGAAGAAAUUCCAGGGCACCUUGAGUUCCAUUCCCAAUAGGCUCAAUCUCUUCAAAUUUGGUUCUGCAUCUGCGAAAUUCAAGCGGCUUGCAACCUCGAAAGACCAGAUUUCACAGGCUGUGCCUUCCCCUCAUGGCUUGAGAGGAAGGUUCAGCGGAAUGCUCUCUAAGAAACUAGAUUGGGGUUCACUCAAGAAGAUGUGCAUAGAAUGGUUUAGGGACCCAAUGAACAUUGCCCUUUUUGUGUGGAUCUUCUGCGUCGCUGUUUCGGGUGCAAUUCUAUUCCUUGUGAUGACUGGAAUGUUAAAUGCUGUGCUGCCGAAGAAGUCCCAGAGGAAUGCAUGGUUUGAAGUGAACAAUCAAAUACUCAAUGCACUGUUUACACUUAUGUGUUUAUAUCAGCACCCACAAAGAGUCUAUCACCUUGUUCUUCUGUGCCGAUGGAGUCCGAAAGAUAUCUCAAAACUUAGAAAAUUGUAUUGCAAGAAUGGAACAUAUAAGCCUCAUGAGUGGGCACACAUGAUGGUGGUGGUGAUUCUCCUUCAGUUAAACUGUUUUUCUCAAUAUGCACUUUGCGGUCUAAAUUUGGGGUACAAAAGAUCUGAGCGCCCAGCCAUAGGAGUCGGAAUAUGUAUGUCUUUUUCGAUUGGUGCAGCUGCGACUGCUGGUCUAUAUACCAUUCUUAGCCCUCUUGGUAGAGAUUAUGAUUCUCCAACAGACGAAGAAGCGCAGGUUCGAAUAUCUCCUGCUCAAAAGCCACAGGUGAAAACAUUUGAGAAGAAAUAUUCAUUUGCAACCCAUGAUCGUCAAAGGGUAAUUGAAACUAGACCUCAGUGGAGUGGAGGAAUACUUGACCUUUGGGAUGAUAUUUCUCAGGCUUAUCUAUCACUUUUCUGCACUUUUUGUGUCUUCGGGUGGAAUAUGGAGAGACUAGGCUUUGGAAAUAUGUUUGUUCAUAUUGCCACUUUUAUGCUGUUUUGUAUGGCUCCUUUCUGGAUUUUUAUAUUGGCUGCUGUUAAUAUUGGGGAUGAUACUGUUAGGCAGGCUCUAGUAGCUACUGGGAUUCUUUUGUGCUUUCUUGGUUUACUUUAUGGUGGAUUUUGGAGGAUCCAAAUGAGGAAAAGGUUCAAUUUGCCUGCUUAUGACUUCUGCUUUGGUAAGGCUUCGGCUUCUGAUUGCGUACUUUGGCUAUGCUGUUGCUGGUGCUCUCUUGCUCAAGAAGUUAGGACUGGGAAUACCUAUGAUGUUGUGGAGGAAAAAUUCUCCUUGAAAGAAACUGAUAUUGGUGAACAACCACCGAUUUCUCCUUUGCCGCGCGAAGAUGUUGCAUCUCCCAACUCCGGCACAAGUUCUCCUCUGGGUACCAACUCUUCCCCUUCUAUGAUCAAACCACCUAGCCCUCUAAGUUCAAGCAGUGUCUUCAAGGAAUAUCAUAGUCCAAACAGGCCACUAUCUACUGUAAAAGAAGAGAAUCACGAAAGACGGGAAGAGGGAAUGAUGAGCCCGCCAAUACCACCACUAUUACACAGAGAAUCUCCCUAAUCCCUGGUGUUUAAAGGCAGGGUCUUCAAAGUUCAAACCACUGCUUGCAUUUUGUAUAUGACACUGUGGGAUACUCUACUAAGUUUUUAGAACAUUCAUGUAAAUAAUUGAGUAGAUGUAUGUGUAAAGUGUGAACUUGAGGGUCUUUUUUUUCUUUCCUGAGAUUUUCUGUGUUUUUGUUCCCACAUAUGAAACACAUCUGUAAUAAUAGGCAUUAAAUAAUUGUGGAGAGGAUUAGUUAUGUUCCUUCUUAUGAGAGUGUGAAGUUAUUGCCCUAA